UUUCGCGGAAAGGGCGAAUCACAAAAAUGGCUACGGGAGCGGAUCAGGUUGCCGGGAUGAGCCUUGUUUGCUUCAGCUUAGUGCUGUUUACCUACUACACCGUCUGGGUCAUCGUUCUGCCAUUUGUGGACAGUGAUCAUGUGAUUCACACCUUCUUCCUGCCUCGUGAGUACUCUGUCAUCCUGCCCGGCAUGGCAGCACUCAUCUUAAUCCUCUGUGUGGGGUUGUUCAUCGGCGUUGUAACGUGGAAGAACCGCAAGCCCAAGAAGGUGGACUAGACUGGGGGGCCCCAGCAGUGCUUCCACCCAUCUGGAGGGGAAAAUCACGGCUGGAUUUGCUACACACAUUUACCAUAGAGACAUCACCAAAUGACAGGAUUCCCAUACUCUGUCCAUUCCAGGUGUACAAACAAUGUCUCCUUGAUGAGUCAAACAUUACGAUCACUGAUGUCAGUGCCACCAAGUCCUUCCAUCAGUACGCUCUGUGAUCGUUCUGCUGGGCUGGUUGACCUCAGUGGUACUGUGAUUACACCAGACAAGGAGAAGAUCUGCUGAAGAAGCUGUUUAUUCCUUUUGUUUUGUCAGGGAAAAGACAGCACCACAGCACAGAACACACCCCUCCCCAAAACUGGAUUAUACUACAUUUCCCCUCAAAAAAA